AAAUUUCUACAUAAAAGAUUUAUUCAUUAAAUUUAAAAUCCUCCAAGUUUGCGCGAUCAAUAAGCGUGAAAUUUGACGUGACAAUGGAGAGAAUCGAGAAUUGUAUUCUGUCAACGAUUGAAAUUAAAGUGUCUUUCACAUGAGAUUCUAGCGGCAAAGAGAGCGUCUCGCCAAAGUCCUUUAGAAGAUGGAAAGCACCGGGAUAAUUAGCGGUACUCCUGUGCAUCAAGAAGGCAAAAAGUUAUGGCAGUACUUCGCAUCAAUUUCUGCUUCCAUAAUGGCUGUCGGCGUCGGCACCGCUCUGGCCUGGACGUCUCCUGUCUUGCCUCAGCUAUACGAACCGAAUUCAUGGCUGGUCAUUACCUCGGAACAAGGAUCCUGGGUGAGCUCAUUGCUGGCUCUAGGUGCGAUGGUAGGCGCCGUUCCAUCUGGACCGAUGGCCGAUAAAUUUGGUCGAAAAAAAUCGCUUCUUUUGCUGACGGUUCCGUUUCUUCUAUCCUGGGCGAUCAUUAUAUUUGCCUUCGAGCUGUGGCUGAUCAAUGUAGCCAGAUUUAUAGUAGGCGUCGGCGUCGGCGCGGCUUGCGUCCUUGUACCGACUUAUAUUUCCGAAAUUGCGGAGACUUCCACCCGAGGUACUCUUGGUGCCAUGUUUCAGCUGUUUCUCACGAUUGGAAUUUUGGUGGCUUUCGUACUUGGAGCUAUCUUGAGUUACACGGCGUUUGCUGUAAUUUGCGCUCUCAUAGAGAUCGGCUUCUUUGCUUCCUUCGUGUGGAUGCCGGAAUCACCCGUUUGGCUAAUGAACAAAAAACAAAAACCGGAAGCCACAAUGGCGAUGACAAUCCUUCGGGGAGAUUCUUAUGAUCCAUCGGAGGAACUCGCAGAGAUACAACGACAGGCUGAGCAGACAGCAUCGAAAAAAUCGAGCAUAUUCGAUCUUAUACGCACUCGAGCGGCCAAAAAAGCUUUGCUCGCUUCGUUGGGUGCUAUGUUCUUUCAGCAAUUGUCUGGUAUAAAUGCAGUAAUCUUUUAUACGGUUACUAUUUUUCAAGCUUCCGGAAGUUCGAUGUCGCCGGAACUUGCUUCUAUUGUCGUAGCAAUAGUUCAGAUGGUGAUGUCAGGUGUAGCCGCUAUAAUUGUGGAUCGUGCCGGAAGGAAGCCAUUGCUUAUAUUUUCUUCAAGUGUUAUGACAGUCAGUCUUGUAGCUCUUGGUCUGUAUUUCAAUAUUAAGGCAAACGGGAAUGACGUCAGUGAUCUAGGCUGGCUGCCGCUCACAUCUCUGACAUUAUUUAUGAUCUCCUUCUCUAUCGGAUUUGGUCCGAUACCGUGGAUGCUGAUGGGUGAACUAUUUCCUGCAGAGACCAAAGCGGUCGCUUCCGGUAUCGCCGUGAUGUUAAAUUGGUUCCUCGUGUUUCUAGUGACGAAAACUUUUCCGAUGAUGAACGAUGAAUUAGGCGCAGACGCGACUUUUUGGAUCUUCGCCGGAAUUAUGAUAGUGGCCACUGCGUUCACAUAUUUCGUUAUACCGGAAACUAAGGGAAAAUCCUCCCAAGAAAUUCAGGAACAUUUACAGGGCAAUGCAUGAUUCAAAACGACAAAUACUUGAAUAGCAUUAACGAACGCGAAAAUUCUCACACUGACAUAUGUUACGACUGCUGAUUUAAUGAUAGUAUUCAUCAAGCGUAGAUAAUUUAAGACGUAACGUAGAUAAUUUAAGAGACGUUGUUUAUUUAAACUGUAGAAAAAUAUAUGUAUAUAUAAGAAGAUUUUGACGCAACAAAGUAUGAGGAAACAUUCAUAAAUGAACAAAGAGCAGAAACAUAAAUUUAAAAAUAAAUAUCAAAGUGUUGGUGAUAAGAAAAUGCUAACUUCACGAAUAAUUUAUCAUCGUUUUGCUACUUCGUUCAUAAAUUAUAUAAAUUUCAAGUUCAUAAAUUUCUCAUUUAUGUUCGAACAUAUUGUCGUCAUAAAUAUUUGAUAUAAUUCUUGCUCACGCGGCUUCAUUGACAUACAACGUGCGUAAAAUUUCUUCACAUAU